AUUUGAAUCAUCAAUGGAGCUCUUCAAAGUUACUCUUGGUCUUAUAGUAAUAGCUUCCCUCUCGGCCACACUCUCCUCAGCUAACCCUGGCUCCAAUAUUGGCUGGGGUGGUCAUGGUGGAAGGUCUUUUAGCCUUUUCCCUGAAUUUUAUCAGUUCUCUUGUCCCCAAGCCAAUGACAUUGUCAUGUCUGUGUUGGAGAGAGCCAUUGCCAAUGAGCCAAGGAUAGCUGCUUCUUUGCUUAGGGUCCACUUCCAUGACUGCUUUGUCCAGGGUUGUGACGCCUCAGUAUUACUAGAUGAUAGUGCCACAAUAGUCAAUGAAAAGAAUUCUGGGCCAAAUAAAAAUUCUCUUAGAGGUUUUGAAGUGAUUGAUGAGAUCAAGGCCAAGUUGGAAGAAGCAUGUCCUCAAACUGUCUCUUGUGCAGACAUUCUCACCCUUGUUGCUCAUGGCUCCAUUGUAUUAAGCGGUGGACCGUAUUGGGAGGUCCCAUUGGGAAGAAGGGACUCAAAGACAGCAAGCUUAAAUGCCUCAAACACUAAUAUUCCCCCACCAAACUCUACCCUCCAAAACCUUGUAACAUCGUUCAACCGUCAAGGACUUGAUGAAGUUGAUCUCGUUGCACUCUCAGGGGGGCAUACAAUUGGUUUGGCAAGGUGUGUGUCAUUCAAGCAAAGACUGUACAACCAAAAUGGAAACAACCAACCUGACCAGACUCUUGACAAGGGCUACUACUAUAAUUUGAAAUCAGUUUGUCCUAGAUCAGGUGGUGACAAUAACACCUCUCCCUUGGACUUCGCCUCCCCUGCAAAAUUCGACAACGCAUAUUUCAAGCACAUCCUGUGGGGAAAAGGGCUGCUCAAUUCAGAUGAAGUGCUUUUCACAGGAAGUGCUGGGACAACUAUGCAAUUGGUUAAGAUUUAUGCUGAGGAUGAGGGCCUAUUCUUCAUCCAGUUUGCUAAAUCUAUGGUUAAGAUGGGAAACAUAAGCCCUCUCACUGGUUUUAAUGGUGAAGUUAGGAAGAACUGUCGCCGAAUUAAUUGAGCAACUAAUUAUCUACGAUAUAUAUUGCUUUAUGCUUUGUUGAUUGUCAUCUAGUUCUGGUGAAGGCGUGAAGCUAUGUGAUGCUUGUAAUGCAAGUGAGAGCUUUUUUGUAGCACCAAGCUGGCUAUUAUUCUAGUCAAUCUUUUCUAUCUUUAUGUAAUUCUUGAGUCAGCUUCUUUUCUUAAACUAGUGUUUAAAAAAUAUAUUGGGCAAA